AUGCUGUGAGUGACAUUGUCUGUGAGCUGUCACUGAGGCAUUGACCUUCCUACACUCCUCCCAAUAUAUUCACCAUCACCUCCCCUUCCACUGCCUGCUACAUCUGCCAUCUCUCUCAUCUCCUCUGCAGUCAUGAGCUCAUCUCGGGCGCCCUUCCAUUUCUAGAUUUCUGUUCUUGAUCAGCUUCGAGAUUUCUCCUCACUCCUCUGGCCUCCUCCUCCUCCGUCCCAAACUAGUCAUUCUACGAUUCUCUUUUAAGCUGGCCUGCUUUCUUCUCCUUCUUCCUUAGUCAUACAUUCAUAAAAGCCUUCAGAUCAUGUAACUCAGUCUCUUCCAGUCCACAGCCACACACAAAAAGUAAAAAAAAAAAAAAUUUAAAAAAAAAUCAAAAACAAAAAAACAAAGGAGGGAAGAGAAGUGUGCUUGAGAAUGGCGGAGCUGGCGGAGACGCCGAACGGAUCGGCGCCGGCGACGCCGGGGACGCCGGGGGCGCCGCUGUUCAACUCGCUGCGGGACCGAGUCGACUCGCUGUCGUUCGAUCGUAAGCCGGCGCCGCGGGGCAACAAGUGCCUGCCGAUGGACGCGUGGGCCGCCUCGCCCGGCACGUGCUUCACCGACCUCCCCAAGCCCGACGUCUCCCUCACACGCAAGCUGGGAGCAGAGUUUGUGGGGACGUUCAUCCUCAUAUUCGGGGCGACGGCGGCGCCGAUCGUGAACCAGAAGUACAGCGGCGCUGAGACGUUGAUCGGUAACGCAGCUUGCUCCGGCCUGGCCGUCAUGGUCGUGAUCCUGUCGACCGGCCACAUCUCCGGCGCCCACCUGAACCCGUCACUCACCGUCGCCUUCGCCAUGCUGCGCCACUUCCCCUGGUCCCACGUCCCCGCCUACGUGACUGCCCAGGUGUCGGCCUCUAUCUGCGCCUCCUUCGCCCUCAAGGCCAUCUACCACCCCUUCCUCUCCGGCGGCGUCACCGUCCCCUCCGUCCCCGCCGCCCAGGCCUUCUUCCUCGAGUUCGUCAUCACCUUCAAUCUCCUCUUCGUCGUCACCGCCGUCGCCACCGAUACUCGCGCUGUGGGAGAACUCGCCGGCAUUGCCGUUGGCGCCACGGUUAUGCUCAACAUUCUCAUCGCAGGUCCUUCGAGUGGGGCAUCGAUGAACCCGGUUAGGACGCUCGGACCGGCGGUGGCAGCGGGCAACUACAAGCAGCUGUGGAUCUAUCUCGUGGCGCCGACGGCCGGAGCCAUCGCCGGAGCUGCUGUCUACACUGCCGUGAAGCUGAAGGGGGAGGAUGGCGAGAUGCCCCGCCAAGUCCGGAGCUUCCGUCGUUGAGACAAUGCAUGCUCUAUCGGCCGCCGGCGAUCGGUGAAUAUAUAUAUAGCUGAAUAAUGUGCCUUACUACUUUGGCCAAUAGACUACGAGAAGGUCGUCGGAGAGAGUACAAGCAUGGUGUGAUGUUUUGUGUAGUUAAACUACUAUGGUGUUUGGCUUGUGUAAACUUUAUGCUUGUGUGUAUUUGGUGCUUGAAUAAAUAUGGUGCAUUAUCUAUAGUUAUUAUUAA